UUCAGUUUCAAUAGGUAACGAUCACACUUGACAACUCCGAUAAGCCUUACAAUUAUCAAAAAACCAGCGAAUUGAUACGCAUCCUAAAACCGCCUCAUGUCGUUUUAGUGCAUAGCGAACAAAACGAAAUGAGUCGUUUGAAGGCAGCGCUUCAGAGAGAAUACGAAGACGAUCCAAACACGACGAUUUACUUUCACAAUCCGCGAAAUACACACUGUGUUGAACUGUAUUUUCGUGGUGAAAAAACCGCCAAAGUUAUGGGUAGUUUAGCGGUGGAAGAACCAAAGGCAGGGAACACGUUGUCAGGCGUUUUAGUAAAGAGAAAUUUCAAUUAUCAUUUGCUGGCGGCUAACGAUCUACCAAAAUACACCGACAUGAGUAUGAGCCAAAUCAUGCAAAGACAAAGUAUCCACUACUCCGGAAACAUGGGAGUGCUGCGCCACUUUAUCACACAGGUUGCUGGCUUGCUGGAGCCUAUCGCAGGUGACAAGAAAGUUAGAGCAUUUAAGGCGAUCGAUAUUACCAUAGAAAAUAAAAUUAUUACUCUCGAGUGGAUCGCAAAUCCCGUAAAUGACAUGUACGCUGACGCAAUCGUCGCAGCGAUACUUCAAGCCGACUUACUGGAUACACCUAUAAAACAUCUAUCGACAAGCGUAAAAGUCGAUCGGAUGCAUUUUAAAGAGUGCCUGAUUGAAAUGCUUCAGGACAUGUUUGGUGAAGAUUCCGUUCCAAAAAUGUUCAAAGGCGAAAGGUUGUACGUUACCGUGAAUGAUAAAAAAGCGGAUAUAGAUUUAUCAAACUUGGAGGUUACUUGUCCUGAAGACGAAACGUUUAAACAAAUUGUUGAAACUGCAGUUACAAAGUUGUAUCAGUCGUUGGCUCCUCCGCAGAUUUAAUAAAGAUAUGUACAUUAUUGAA